AUGCCACCAGAGUCUUCAACAGACGACUACGACUUGCCCAAUUACGACUCUGCAGUGGCGAAUGCAGACCACCAACUUCAACCCGAGCACAUGACACCUUGGGGGCCAUUUCACGAUCAGAGCCAGGCUACAACUCAGUACAACGUUACGAGUCCAUCUACACAUGGCAACAUGGAGCGAAAGAUAGCUCUCUUGCACAAGCACGGAGCGGCCCCAUUGAAUGGAAGCAAAGUCUCGAUGGAACCGGACACCAUAAGUGAAUCAAAUGGCAGCGCAUCGAUGAAUCCUAUCCAUAACAACAAACGGACGAGCACGAGCAGUGCACACAGCGAGGAAUCAAACUUCCACAAGAACAGCAGCGCGGCAGAGCAACGAAUAUUGGAUCUUCACGUAGAACUGAUACGAGCUCAAGUGACAAGAGCGGUUGGGCGUGAGAUGCACCAAGCCAUCGGAAAUCAAGCUGGUCCCAUCAAAGCCAAAAACAGCGAACUAGCCCACCAAAUGAACCUGGAGAAGAGGCAGGCUAUGGUGAAAGCUUUGGUCACCAAACAAAUUUACAAAAUGAGAAUGCUGGAUGUCAGGGAGAAGGACCUGUCUUACUUGAUCGAAGAGCUGGCGAAACCCCCCUUGACCAAGCUGUCUAUUCCGACGAUAGCUACGCCAAAUCAAAAAUCCGAUUAUUUCGUCAAGAGGGCCCCUGUCGAUGCCGUCUCUGACCUCGCUUUUGUCAAUGAUUGGCUCGUAAAGGACAUCACCAAACACCCUCAUAUGUGGGACCGCGAAGGCUGCGAGGGCGUCUGCGAUAAACUGUCCUGGCUUCAAAGAGAGAUAACGAGGGCUGAGACUGCAGUCAAGAAGAAGGCAAGUGAACGUACCGUGUUGAAAGACCAGGGGAAGUAG